AUGAACAGGUACGAGAUCCUGGACCGGCUAGGGGAUGGCGCGUAUGGUGAAGUCCUGAAGGCACGCAACCUCAAGACGAACGAAGUCGUGGCCAUCAAAAAGCUGAAGAUGUUGUUCCCGACGUGGGAAGAAUGUCUGCAGCUGCGCGAGCUCAAGUCGCUCAAGGUUCUUCGCCACGACAACAUCAUCCAGCUGAAAGAAGUCAUCCGGGACAAAGCCGAACUGUACUUUGUGUUCGAGUACAUGGAGACGAGCCUCUUCACAUGGAUGCGCAAGAACAACGCCAAGGAGCCGCAGGUUCGCGCGAUCAUGUCCCAGCUCUUCUCGGGCCUUGCCUACAUGCACAAACACGGGUUCUUUCACCGUGACAUCAAGCCGGAGAACUGUCUGUGCAGCAGUGGCAUCGAAGUUCUCAAGGUUGCCGACCUCGGCCAGGCCCGGGAAAUCCGAUCGCGGCCGCCCUUCACGGAUUAUGUGUCGACGCGAUGGUACCGUAGCCCGGAGCUCCUCCUUCGGUCGACGACGUACAACUCACCCAUCGAUCUCUGGGCCUGUGGUUGCAUCAUGGCCGAGCUCUACCUGGGCAAACCACUUUUUGCAGGGUCGUCCGAGGCGGACCAGAUGUGCCGCAUCUGCGCGAUCCUUGGCACGCCUACCAAGGAGACUUGGCCGGAGGGGGUCACGAUGGUGUCUCAAAUGCAGUUCAAGUUCCCCAAGUGCAAUCCAGUGCCCCUCAAGAUGGCUAUUCCGAACGCCAGUCCAGCUGCCAUUCAACUCAUGGUGGACUUACUCCAGUACGACUCGACCCGCCGUCCAACGGCCGCCCAGGCGCUGCAAUAUCGCUUUUUCAUGCCCGUCACGGCACGGUCGGGGACGACAGCAGAUGCCAAGCCAUCUGCAGCAACCCUGAUUGCCCCGUGCAAAGAAGACAAGAAGGGGGACUCUGCGGACGUUGCCCAGCGAAAGAAAACGUCCGCCACCACAUUGUGGGGGGACAAGGACGUGGACAACGACUACAAGUGCAGAGUGAACCAGCCAACAGUCACGGCGACGGGAUGUCUGCCGCUUCGAAAGCAACAAGUGAGCCCCAACACCCGCCGCAAAGCCCACAUGGAUGCCCCCAAGCGUGACCCCGAAGACGCCGACGAUGUCGACGCUGGUGUCAACGACGCCAUGCUCCAGGACUUGCUCGAUGAAGUCAUGUGCUAG